AUGCCUAAGACAAUCGCUUCACCAUCGUCCCUUCGCGAUUCUAAAGAUUUUCGGUUAGUUUUAAAAAAUGCAAUCAAGAAACAUCUUGACGCAAUAAAAAGUCAAGGUGUGAACUUAAAAACAAAUUUACCUUUGGAAGAAUUGUUAGCUCCUUCCAAAAAAACAUUAAAGAAGGGAAAAAAACGCGCUCAGAAUGGAUUUAUUCUCUACAGAAAGGAUAACCAAUCGAAAGUCCAAAAAGAACAUCCAUUCUUUUCUCAGCCAGAAAUUUCUAAGAUUCUUCAAGAAAGGUGGAGUGUGGAACCUUCCGAGAUAAAAAAUGUAUAUACUAUUUUGAAAUUCAAUUUUUCCAUUCCACACAUUCCAAAUGAAACUCCCAGUCUCACUCCAUCAUCUCAAAAUUCAUACAUUCCUCCAGCUUUUACCCAAUUUUUAUGUGAUAAUUUGGAUGUUAAUUCAUCUCAAUGUUUUCAAUAUGAACAAGAUGGUAAUUGGCAAUUAUAA